AUGGCUAUGACUAGUUCAGGCUCUGGGCCAGCUCAGAAUGUGCCUAAAAAAGCACGUCCCCCGCCACCCACGUUCUACCUCCCGCUAAAUAUCACACUCUACAUUUUCCUCUUUGCCAACGGCCUUGCGGCAUUAUUUGCCCCAAUUCAGGACUGCGAUGAGGUAUUCAACUUCUGGGAACCCGCACAUUAUUUGCAACAUGGAUAUGGACUUCAGACAUGGGAAUAUUCACCUGUAUAUUCCAUUCGAAGCUGGCUUUAUGUAUCACUUCACGCCGCGGUGGGGAAGCUAAGCUCAUUAAUUGUCCACUCCAAGGCCACUGAAUUCUAUAUGAUCCGUGUCUUCAUGGCUGUCUUCUGCGCUGCUUGUCAGACCCGACUAUAUUCUUCUAUCUGCCGAACCCUCAAUCCUCGCAUUGGACUCUUGUUCCUCACAAUCGUUGUCUUCAGUCCCGGCAUGUUCCACGCGUCUACGGCUUUCCUGCCAUCCACUUUCACCAUGUACACAUCCAUGCUUGGCUUGGCUGCUUUCCUGGAUUUGAAAGGAGGUCCAAAGAUUGCACAGGGUAUUAUGUGGUUUGCUCUUGGUGCAAUCGUCGGUUGGCCAUUCGCGGGUGCUCUUAUUGUGCCUCUUCUGGCCGAGGAAGUCAUUAUUGCCAUUCUAUCUGGAUCCAUAGGCUCAUUUGUAUUGGCUAUACUUGAUGGUGCUGCCAGGUGUGUUGGCAUUGCGGCUCUCGAGGUCGGAGUUGACUAUGCUUUCUUCCGCAAGCUUGUUCUUGUUCCUUGGAAUAUUGUGGCAUAUAAUGUUUUUGGAGGCGAGGGCAAAGGACCUGAGAUCUUUGGUGUCGAGCCCUGGACAUUCUACAUCCGAAACCUGCUGCUGAACUUCAAUGUUUGGUUCGUUCUCGCCAUGGUGACUGCUCCGCUUUUAAUUCUCCAGGUCAUCUUCAGCUCUCAACCCUCCUCUAUGCAGAAAUUCAGACGCUCGAUGACACUGGCCGCGCCAUUCUACAUGUGGUUUGGUAUUUUCACAGCCCAACCUCACAAGGAGGAGCGAUUUAUGUACCCGGCCUAUCCAUUCCUUGCUCUGAACGCGGCUCUCUCUUUUCACCUCAUCCUUACCUACCUUGGGUCCAGUGACUCAAAGGCACUCAUUAGCCGUGUUCCAGCAAAGCUUAAGCUCGUUGGGGCCCUGUAUGUUAUCAUACUGGCCGUGAAUGUCGGAAUGCUGCGCAUUCUAGGGAUGGUGACUGCGUACAAUGCCCCUCUGAAGGUUCUGGAAUCAUUGCAGCAGGCAAAUGUGACACAGACAGGAACCUCAGUCUGCCUGGGCAAGGAGUGGUAUCGCUACCCAUCAUCAUACUUUCUUCAACAAGAAAUGCGUGCCAAAUUCAUUCGAAGCGAAUUCAACGGUCUGCUUCCGGGCGAGUUUCCGGAGUCGCCAAGGCCCUUCGGCCGGCUAGAAGGUGCUUCGCAAAUCCCGUCUGGCAUGAACGACCUUAACUUGGAAGAUCCGGACAAAUAUAUUGAUGUUUCUGAAUGCUCUUUCUUGGUGGACUCACACUUCCCGGGUCGUGAGGAAACCGAGCUGGAACCUCACUACAUUCUCGACAACGCCCACUGGGAGACUCUCUCCUGUGCAAGCUUCCUGGACACAGCCCGAACAGGGCUAUUAGGGCGGUUAAUCUGGGUGCCAGAUUUCCCCUUUAUUCCCUCUCAGUUCCAGCGCAAAUGGGGCCAGUAUUGCCUCCUGCAGCGCAAGACCGACACCGCCAGUAUUUAG